AUGGCCGAGCGGCUGCCCGAUGGACGGAGCAGGCGGCCUGCAACGUCGUGCUUGCUUUGUAGGAAACGGAAGAUCCGGUGCAAUCACGAGACCCCGUGCAGCAACUGUCUCCGCGCAGGGAAUGAGAAUUGCGUCUAUGAAUCUCACAACCGCCCGGCUCCUGUCUCCCGCGCCCGUCUUGGGCGGGUCCAAGGGGCGCCGGUUCCCGGGCAUCAAGAUUUUACAGCUGCAUCGACACCUUCGAGUCAAUCUUCAGGGCUGGAUGCCGAAUUGCUGAGGUUGAAGCUCAGGAUCCAAGAUCUUGAGGAGCAGCUAUCCAAACUGGGCCCAAGGCCCGUCAAUUCAGCUCUCGAAAGCCCCAACUCCAACAUUCAAACCCUGAACUCAACGAUUGGCGGCACCUUUCAUGUCCACUGUGAAGGUAGUUCGCUGGGUCAGCAACAAGCAAUUGCCCGAAGUGUUACCCACAAGACACGUUUAUUUGGCCAAAGUCACUGGGCCGUCAAUGGCCUCCUCCUUGUUCGCGAUGUCUUCGAGUCCAUCGAUGCACACUCGCGGCCAGAGACGACGAAGGCCUGGUCAGGGAUUGAGCGAUGUAAAUCCCUGGCGAGGUCCAUCAAAUCCCAGCGGACAUUUUCGUGGCUCUCAUCAUCCACGCCCGACCUGCCACCUAAAGAAAUCUCCGAUGCCCUAGUGGAUUGCUACGUUAGGUCGACCGAGUCUAUUCAUCGCAUCCUGCACAUUCCGUCUUUCCGACGGGACUACGACGCAGUCUGGAUAUCCAACAUGGCCGCUGCCGACAAGGGAUUCAUGGUUCAGCUGUGGCUCGUGCUCGCCAUCGGUGCCGUGACAUAUGAUGAACGGUUUUCAUUGCGCAUCUCAGCUACUCGAUGGGUUUGCGCCGCGCGAAGCUGGCUGUCGGAACCCAAAUCCAAGUCGCAGCUUGACAUUCAAACCCUUCAGAUCAGCCUUCUCUUCCUGGUCGCUCAGGAAAGGUUGGGCAUGGUCGAAGAUUCGAUCUGGAUCUCGGUCGGGGCACUACUUAGGAAAGCGAUCUACAUGGGACUGCAUCGAGAUCCUGCCUUCCUGCCCCCGAGAACAACAUUCGCCGUUGAGAUGCGUCGAAGGUUAUGGAACACCAUUUUGGAGAUGACCCUGCAAUCGAGCUUGACGUCUGGGGGUCCUCCUCUCAUCUCUCUUGAUGACUUUGAUACGGCACCUCCAGGUAACUUUGACGACGAUCAAAUCAUGACCGAGGAUCCCGUACCACAGCCACCAGAUUCCUUCACACAAGUCUCCAUCGCGAUAGCAUUCCGCGAGACGUUUCCGCAACGCCUAGCCGUGGUGAAGUUCCUGAAUGAUCUCGCAUCUCCCGUCGCCUAUGACAAGACCCUUCAACUUGACGCCAAGCUCCGCGCCGCUUAUAAGGCAUUGGUACGCAUCUUGUUGGCUUAUAGUCGCUCAACUACAGCCCCUGCGCCUUCGCCUUUCGAGAUCCGAAUGGCCGACUUCAUAAUACAUCGAUACUUGUUGUCACUCCAUGCUCCCUACUUCGGUGCAGCGUUCAGUGAGACGGUCUACGCCUUUUCCCGCAAGGUGGUCGUAGAAUCGUCGUUGAAAAUCUGGCGAGCGGCCUAUCCAGUAACUGUCAACAACAGUCCGGAUGUUCCAGAGGCAAAUGAAUUGCAGCGACUCAUCACUUGCUCGUCGGGAUUCUACCCAGCCGGUGCCAUCCAUGCCGCCUUCCUCAUCGCCAUGGACCUUCGGAUGCAGCUGAAGGAAGAUGAAAGCCUUGACCCUGUUCCACUGCGACCCGACUUGCUCUCUGUCAUUAGCGAGGCCAAACAAUGGUGUCUGCAGGUCGUUGAGGCCGGAGAGACCAGUGUCAAGGGCUACCUUCUCAUGAGUGUCAUUGCGACUCAGAUCGAAGGCCUCAUGCAUAGACUCGGAGAAGACGAGAUCACUGCCCGAUUGAUUAAGGCCGUGGAGGAAGUGGAAGAGAAGUGCAUGCCCGUGCUAACGGCCAUGGCGUCGGAAUUCCAUAUCCCUGAAAACGAGUCCAGUAACGCACCUCAGCCGAUGGACAUGGCCAGAGAAAAUGGGACAAUGGAGUACUUUGGAUGCAUGCCCUCGGAUACUCUUUUCGAUUUCGCGAACACGGAGCCGAUGGGUUGGAUGUUCAAUGAUGAUCCUAGCAUGGGUACGGCGUCAUUUUGGCGUUUCUUCCUUUCAUACUGGCAGGCCAGUAUCAUCAUCCGGACCAAGACGGUCAUGUACUGGGAUCCAGAGCGCUAG